AUGACGGCACAACAAUAUCAGGAUUAUGUAGCUAAUGUCCUCUGUGAUAACCUGCUUUACAUACUGGCACAUACUUUAAACACAGCAUUUUGUACUAUGAUAUUGUUUGUACAAACCCAGCUGUUGGCGUAUUUUAGCACAAGGUUAUUUCAUGACAAUAAUAUGUUGUACGAUCACGCGUCGUCAUUGGUGGGCAACACUGCCCGACUCCGAUGUCGCAUCGACGGCAAGUCCUGCGGUGAAAUGCACAGUAUCAAGUGGUAUAAGGCCGACACUCGGGUGUACGUGUAUUCGGCUUCGAAGGACGCGGCCAUCAACCGUCCUGAGGGAGAUAUGAUGGACAGGUGA